ACCUGAAUGACUCCUAGCCCUGUUAAUUCCUUGCCACUUUCUUGUGAAUUUACAGAAAGAAUUUAAUUUUCAUUCCUCUCCUUCUGAAAAUAGCUCUUGAGUUGCACCCACUUCCUCUGCCACUUUUCUUCAAUAGUUCCUUACAUAAUUUGGCCCAACUCUUGGCAGUUAGAAAGUGAGGUACAGAUAUUUAUGUGGAGAAACUUGGCAAAAGUGAAGACAAAUAAAAAGAACUACUCCUGAUCCUUCUUGUUUCUAACUUUGGCUCUAAUUAGAUUAGAUUCAUGGCUCAGGGUAAACCAAUGUAUCAUCAGUCUGAUUCUUCCUUCUGUUUUUGUAACUCUGGACAGAUAAGUGUUGUUAGCUCAAUGACCCGGGAAAAUCACUCUGUGUUGAUGGAAUUUGUGUUCCUGGCCUAUCCCUCCUGCUCAGAGCUGCGUAUCUUGUCCUUCCUUGGGGUCAGCCUUGCUUAUGCCUUGAUCAUCACUGGGAACUUCCUCAUUAUGGUGUCCAUCCACACAGAAGCCCGUCUACACACACCCAUGUACUAUUUCCUGGGCAGUCUCUCGGGGGUAGAAAUAUGCUACACUGCUGUGGUGGUGCCUCACAUCCUGGCCAACACUCUGCAGCCCGAGAAGACCAUCACUCUCCUGGGCUGUGCCACUCAGAUGGUUUUCUUCAUCGGGCUGGGGAGUGCUGAUUGCUUCCUCUUGGCUGCCAUGGCCUAUGACCGGUAUGCCGCCAUUUGCCACCCCUUGCAUUACCCUCUCAUGAUGACAUUGACUCUUUGUGUCCGCUUGGUUGUGGGGUCAGUGGUCACCGGCUUGUUCCUGUCCUUACAACUGGUGGCCUUCGUCUUCUCUUUGCCAUUCUGCCGGGCUCGGGGUAUUGAGCACUUCUUUUGCGAUGUGCCACCAGUCAUGCGUCUUGUUUGUGCCCACAGCCACGUGCACGAGCAGUCAGUGCUGGUGGCCGCCACACUGGCCAUUGCUGUGCCUUUCUUCCUCAUCUCCGCCUCCUACGCCUCCAUAGCGGCUGCUGUGCUCAAGACCCGCUCGGCAGCUGGCCGCAGCCGGGCCUUCUCCACCUGCUCCUCCCAUCUCACUGUGGUACUGCUGCAGUAUGGCUGCUGCGCCUUCGUGUACCUGCGCCCCAACUCCGGCUACCACCCCAAGCAAGAUCAGUUCCUCUCGCUGGUGUACACACUGGGAACCCCCCUGCUCAACCCCCUCAUCUACACCCUGAGGAACAAUGAAAUAAAAGGGGCCAUCGGGAGAGUUCUUACCAAAAAUUCCCUCUCCCGGAACAGCUAGGAUAGGAGAGGGUCUGACCUACCGAGCAAAGAUUUGUUUGCACCCCAGGCAAAUCCCUGUGCAAUUGGGAUUUCUCUAAGUUGAUGUUAAAAGCUCUGAAAGACUGUAUAAGUUCUUUGGCUACUGUUUAUCUAUGUGUACCAA